AACUAUAUUAUACAGUACAAAGUUUCGUGGAGGGUAUUUUAAUAAAAUAUAUGCUUUGACUCAUAAUGUUUUGAAGAAUAUCCAACUAUUGGAUAAAAUUAUUGAAGAAACUCAUUUGUUAACUAAGGAACCUUAUCUGAAGAAAGAAGUAGCUCAAAUUAUGAUAUAUGAGAUGGUUUUGGGUAGAGGUCAACUGAGUGGGAAAAGCAAGCCGGUGCUUACCAUACUGAAGUAUAAGAAUGAUAUUGAAAGUGCAUACCAAUGCCUAACAAAGGCUGGAACUGACAGAUUUAUGAAGGAAGUGAUGAUCACCAUUCCAAGGUAUGCUAGAAUUAAUACCUUAUUAACUACUAUGCCCGAUGUACUGGAUGAUUUAAAGAAAUCUGGGUAUUAUCAUAAAGAAUAUCAAGAGGACAUUUCAGAAGAUGCGUACCUUGAGAAGGUGAAAAAUUUGAAACCAGGGGAAUUUCUGAUUGACUAUCACUUUAAAGACCUUUUGGUGUUUCCGUGCAAAGAGAAUCUUAGAACCUGGGAUUUAUAUAAUCAAGGACAUAUAUUUCUUCAAGAUAAGUCUAGUUGUAUUCCUGUUUGUGUUCUUUCACCACAGCGUGGGUCUAAUGUUGUGGAUGCAUGCGCUGCACCAGGAAUGAAAACUGCACAUAUAGCUGCUGUCAUGAAAAAUCAAGGGCAAAUAUUUGCAUAUGAAAAAGACAGUGAUAGGCUUGAUAUUCUCAAAAGCACACUAAUACAUGGUAAUGUUAAAAUAUGUAAGACUUAUUGUAAAGAUUUCCGAACAGUUGAUCCUGCUGAUGACAAAAACUCAAAUAUUGAUUAUAUACUUCUGGAUCCAACUUGUUCAGGCUCAGGAAUGGUUAAUCGUAUGGAUGCUGCUACAGAUACUGAAAAUUCCAAAAAUGAAAAACGUUUGCAAAAGUUAGCAGGAUUUCAAAUAGUAUUAUUAAAGCAUGCCCUUAAAUUCCCAAAUGUAAAGAGAGUUGUCUAUUCCACCUGCUCUAUUACAGAAGAAGAAAAUGAGUAUGUUGUACAUGAAGCAUUAAAUAGUUUUCAAGAUCAAUUUACAUUAGUGAACAUAAUGCCCGAUUGGUCUGUUCGAGGUUCUCCAAAAUAUGAGUAUGGGAAUUUAUGUUUAAGGUCAUAUCCUGAUAAAAAUUUAACAAAUGGAUUUUUUGUUGCUAUGUUUGAGAGAACUGAACUUAAUAAGGUAAGUAAUUCCAAUACAUUGAUCAAAAUGUCAAAGCACAAGAAAAAUAAAAGCAAAAGAAAAAUUGAUAGUGAGAAUGAUGAUUUCCUUUCAUCUAAUUCACAAAAGCAAUUUAAAAACAAUAACUGGUCUGAAACUAAUGCAGGUGAUGUAAACUCAGAGCAAAAGGAAGAAGUUCAGUCAGAGACUGUUAUUAAGAAAAAGCUUACAAAGAAGCACAAGAUUAAGACAGAUAUUCAGUAUAAAACUAGUAAUAAUGAAAAGAAAAAUUUUUGUGAGGAGGGUGAUUUUACUUUACCUGUCUUACAAGAAGAACUUCAGAGAAAUAAUUCCAUUACAAAUAAUUUAGGGAAUCUAAAUCUAGAGAAAACAAAAGGAACCCAUCAGUCAGAAUGUCACAUGAAGAAAAAACACAAAAAGAAAAAAAGCUUUGGAAAGACAGCUGGUGGUGAAGAGAAGAAUAACUUUGUAAAAAAUGAAAAUGGUGAUGAUUUUCAUUCAUGUACCUCACAAAAACAAUAUUAUAGAAAUAAAAACAAUGUAAAUUUAGAGCAAAUGGAAAAAACAGAAAUACAUCAGUCGGAGAUUCAUGUUAAGAAAAAAUGCAAAAAAAAAGCACAAAUAUAAUGAGACAGAUAAUAGGGAAGAGAAAAAUGAGAGCAUAAAAUAUGAAGAUGGUGAUAAUUUUCAUUCAUCUACAUCCGAAAAACAUAACAGAAAUAUAUAUUCUACAAGUAAUGUAAAUUUAGAGGAAAUGGAAAAUGAAGAACCUUAUCAAUCAAAUACUCAUGUAAAGAAAAAAUACAAAAAGAAGCACAAAUAUAAUGAUAGAGACAUACAAUAUAAAAGUAGUAAUGGUGAAGAGAAAGGUAAUUGUGAGGAAAGUAAUGAUUUUUUUUCAUUUCCUGCACAAAAACAUCACGAGAAAAACAGGUUUGCUGCAAUUGGUGCAGAAAAUGUAGACUUGGAAAGAAAAGAAACUUGCACAUCAGAAACUCAUGUUAAAAAGAAAUGCAAAAUGAAACACAAAUCUAAUAAGACAGAUGUACAAGAUUCACUAAAGCAUUAUCAAAAAAAUAACUGUGGAGAAAUUAAAUUAGAAUAGAGAGCAAAAGGAGGAAACAGGAGAAACUUAUCAGUUAGAAAUGUGUACUAAGAAAAAACGCAAAAAGAAAUCUAUUAAUUGUAAUGAAGUAGAGACUGUUGCUAGUCCUUCUGAUUCUGUUACAGAAAAUGUAAAUACAGAAAUUCAUGUUAAGAGCUUGAAAAAAAAAUGUAAUUUUUAAUUGCUGAAAUGAAUAUUUUUCAUAUACA